UUUACUAACAUUGUAAUUUAACCUUCAAAUUUUGUUCUUCGUAUGACAAAUUACAACUUUUCUAAAUGAGACCGAUCAGACUCCCGGAACCUCCGAAUGGAUCAUUCGGCGUGCCGGAGAUUUUCAACGGCGGGAUCCACGGCGUCAUCAGGAGGGCCAUUGUAAUCGGAAAUGGCUUCCCCGGCGCCGAGAAUCAGUGUCUCGGUUUGGUCCGAGCUCUCGGCCUUUCAGGUCGGCAUUCUCUUUACCGGGUUAUGAGGCCACGGGGAGGGACCAAUGCGUGGCUUCGUUGGCUCCCAGUCUCUGUCCACAAGAAACUGGACUCUUUUAUCAAACAAGUUUUUGGUGAUUCUAGCAGAAAAGUUGAAGGGAAGAAUGGAAUGCCUCUGAUGACCAAGAAAACAGGCUUAUCCGACAUUUUAGAAGCUGAUGCCAAACAAAUUGCAAAAGUGGCACGUGAAACAUUUGAUAUGGAUGGUCCAUUGCUUGUAAUCGCAUCUGGCAGAGACACAAUUUCGGUUGCUAGCUCAAUAAAAAGGUUUGCUCCAGAAAAUGUUUUUGUUGUCCAGAUUCAACAUCCGAGGUCCUGGUUAGAUAGAUUUGAUUUGGUGAUUACUCCUCGUCAUGAUUAUUACCCUUUGACACCUCAUGCACGACAACAGAUUCCUUGGUUGCUUCGCCCGUGGAUUACUCCUUGUGAACCUCCUGGAAAAAAUGUGGUUCUUACUGUUGGAGCUCUUCAUCAGGCCGAUGUUGCUGCACUUAGGAGUGCGGCCUCUGCAUGGCAUAAUGAAUUGGCUUCUCUUCCCAAACCACUCCUUGUGGUUAAUGUAGGAGGCCCAUCAAGCAAUUGCCGCUAUGGCAUCGAUCUUGCAAAGCAAUUAGCUUCUAUGCUGCAAAACGUUCUUUGGAGCUGUGGAAGUGUUAGGAUCUCAUUUUCACGCCGGACCCCGGAGAAGGUAUCCAAAAUCUUGGUAGAAGAAUUCAGAACCCAUCCUAAAGUCUACAUUUGGGAUGGUGAAGGACCAAAUCCGCAUCUUGGGCAUCUAGCAUGGGCUGAUGCUUUUGUAAUAACAGCCGACUCUGUAAGUAUGUUGAGUGAGGCUUGCAGUACUGGGAAACCCGUCUAUGUGAUUGGAAACGACCGAUGCACGUGGAAGUUCGCAGAUUUCCAAAAUUCCCUCGCUGAACGAGGAGUGGUCCGGCCAUUCACUGGUAAAGAAGAUAUAUCGGAAAGUUGGAGCUACUCUUCCCUCAACGACACUGCAGAGGCUGCAAAUCGGGUAAAUUCGGCACUUGCUGCACGUGGGUGGAGAAUUCUUACAUCGACUAAAUGAAACCAAGGUCUACCUUAACUGAGUUCUCCAUACCUGCCUGGAAUUUUUUCCAUCUCCGGGCAGUUUUUUAUGCAUUCAUUCAUUUGAUUGCUGACUCCCUUGUUCGGGUUCUUGUAUCGAGAAUGUGUAACAUUUCCCGCUUCUGUUCACUUCAUCCCUGGGGCAUCUGAAUAAACACAGCUACAUAAAGUUGUCUACAGGAUAAUCUAGCAAUUGUAUUGCUGAAA